GCGCCAUUUUUUGCAUACUUUAAGCAGCGCCCCCACACAGUUACCUUUGGAAAUUGUGGAAAACGGAAACAAAACUCUACCAUUGCGCCUGUUGACUUCGCCGAGUUCUUAAAUUCAAUCUGAGUCCCUACACACUACACGAUGGGUAGGGAGGACAAGGCAACCUGGAAGUCCAACUACUUCAGCAAACUAGUUCAAUUACUUGAAGACUACCCAAAAUGUUUCAUUGUUGGCGCUGACAAUGUCGGCUCUAAGCAGAUGCAACAAAUCCGCAUUUCCCUCAGAGGCUCCGCCGUCGUCCUCAUGGGCAAGAACACCAUGAUGCGUAAAGCCAUCAAGGGUCAUUGUGAACGCAAUCCAGCCCUUGAAAAACUCUUGCCUAAAAUCAAAGGCAACGUAGGCUUCGUUUUCACCCGUGGAGAUCUGGUGGAAGUCCGCGAUAAGCUUCUUGAAAACAAAGUCAGAGCACCUGCUCGCGCUGGCGCCAUCGCCCCAUUACCCGUCAUAAUCCCAGCCCAGAACACCGGUCUGGGUCCUGAAAAAACAUCCUUCUUCCAAGCCCUUUCAAUCCCAACUAAAAUCUCCAAGGGUACUAUUGAAAUCAUCAACGAUGUGCACAUUUUGAAACCAGGGGAUAAAGUAGGAGCUUCUGAAGCCACUUUGUUGAACAUGUUGAACAUCUCGCCAUUUUCCUACGGUUUGGUUGUCGAACAAGUAUAUGAUUCUGGCACUAUCUUUGCGCCAGCUAUUUUGGAUAUCAAACCUGAGGAUUUGAGGGAGAAGUUCUUGGCUGGGGUCGCAAAUGUGGCUUCAGUUUGUUUGGCUGUUGGAUAUCCAACUAUCGCGUCUGCGCCUCACAGCAUUGCCAAUGGAUUCAAGAAUCUUUUGGCUAUUGCUGCUGUCACUGAGGUUGAAUUCAAGGAAGCAGCUACCAUCAAGGAGUUUAUUAAGGAUCCCAGCAAAUUUGCUGCUGUCGCUGCUCCUGCGGCGGCUGCACCAGCUGAAACCACUCCUGCUGCCGCUCCUAAAGAGGAGAAGGAGGAGUCAGAAAGCGAGGAUGACGAUAUGGGAUUCGGUCUCUUUGACUAAGCUUAUAAAUAACAUUUUGUUUGCAUCUGUGUAAAGCCAGACCCAAAUAAAUGAAACAGAAUUAA